AUGAAUUCUUUAUUUGAUUGCAGAAACCUUAUUGUCAACCCUGCAUUUGGAAAACGCAGUAUCGAUGAUUCAGAAGUUAAACCAAUUUCGAUCAGAGAAUUGCAUGAGGUGCAGAAAAAUCGCAGUUAUCUUUACAAUUUAGAAGAAAACAGUAUAAAGUUCCACAGAGAAGGGCGACAAAGCCUUUAUGAGAAACUUGAGACGUUUUUUAAACUACUCGGUUAUAAUGGUAAAGAGUGUGUGCUUCGAUCUCUAUGCGAAAGUUCAAGGUUGCGUGCUGAGCAGGGAACCUUUUUAGAAGAAAUCAUGAGAGCCACUUUCACCUUUCCACGGAGAAACAAAGCUUCGGAUGUGCACGAGGAAUACGAUUUAGCUCACGGAAGACCUGGUGAUUGUGCUCGUCUGUAUCCGGAGUGUAAUGAUAUGCACGGGAACGUUCUUUACAAAUAAUGUACCUGAUGUACCUACGAGUACAGCAUGUCGCAUUGACUUAGGAGGGGCGACUGAAAGUAAUCUACAAGUAUGAAACAAAAGACAACUACGACUACUUCUUUUCUUAAAUAUACUUAGGAGUGAAAUGCACUUCUUGUUAGAAAGGAACAUUAGUCUGUUUAAAAAAGUUGUUACUAACUUUUAAAUAUUUUUUUUCCAACAUGUUCAUGCAAAACGA